ACAGGGCCCCUCCUUUGCUCUCCCAGACACACGCCUUAAGCAUCAUUUCUACAUCAUUAACUUGGAUCUGAAAGUAAAAUGAUGGUCAAACAGCCCACGGCAACCCAAGGCAUUUAAAGCAGAAUUCAGACAAACUUAUGAAAAGUUCUUUGUAUGAAGACACUGUAGCACUUAACUGAAGUCUGAAGAAUAGAACUCAGUGCUAACUGUAUAAUUGUGGUGCAGAACUUGGAAUGGGAACUCAAAAGGUUGUAAGCUUAAUAGCUUGUUCUGAUAGGGGGAGAAUUGGUGUAGCGCUAAAAACAUUGAUAGGUGUGCUGGCAUUGCUUACUGUACUCAAUGCAUGUGGAACCAUCUUUGUUCUUCUACAAUGGAGAGAUCUUAACUCUAGAAUUAAGGAGCUGGAAGCAUAUCAGACACCGUCUCAAGAGGAUCUGGUGACUUCACACCUGAUUAAACUCAUCUCAGAGCUUAAAGAGGACACAACAGAAGAAAGUGGUCCACAGAUUUACAGGAACAAGAGAAGCCAACAUCACAAACUACCAGAAACCUAUGUCAGAGCAGAAAAUGAAGACAUGCUUAUGAUGAUGACCUAUUCCAUGGUUCCGGUUCGGCUUAUGCUAGAUUUAUGCAACAGCACAAAAGGGAUCUGUUUAACAGGGCCUCCUGGGCCUCAAGGACCGCCUGGGCUUGAUGGAUUCCCAGGCUACAAUGGCUCUGAUGGAUUUCCAGGUUUACCAGGAAAAAAAGGGGAACCAGGAGAAAAUGGAAGAAGAGGAAAAAUGGGUGAACCUGGUCCAAAGGGAGACACAGGUGAAAUUGGACCUCCCGGGAAUGAUGGCAUGGAAGGGAAAAUGGGAGAAAAAGGGGACAAAGGAGAUGCAUCUAAUGACAUAUUUCUUGAAGGCGUGAAGGGAGAUACAGGACCUCCUGGCCCUCCGGGACCUCCUGGACCACCAGGCCCUGAGGGUCCUCCGGGCAGAAGAAAGGGAAAGGGAAAGGAAAAAUCAAAGCAAAUUGGACAAGAAUUCAACAGCAAAUGCAUUGGAGAGUCAUGUGCUGUACCUAAUGAUGAUACCAUGGUGGGGAAAUCAAACGAGACAAAUAAUGGACAAACCACAAAGCAAGGAGAUUGCAUUAUAAAAUCAAUUGAAAGUCCUACUCAUAUUGGCAAAGUCAAAGAUACUUUUGGAGCAUGGAUGAUGGAAUCUUCAAACCGAAGUGAUGACCGAAUUUGGAUUGCUGGGCAUUUCUCAGGUCUGAUAGUAAAGCAAUAUGAAAAUCUAACAGAGCUUCUGAAUGAUAACUUCAAGCCCAUCAAGCUACGUUGGUUUUACCAUGGAUGUGGACAUUUGGUGUACAACAAAUCACUUUAUUACCAUAAAGGAGGAUCAGACAAAAUUGUAAGAUACGAACUUGAAACUGAAUCAUUUCAAACGCUGAGCAUCCAAAAUGCAGACUAUCACAAUCGCAGUUACCUGUUCUCAAAUUCCAAGUCCUACUUUCACAUCGCAGCUGACGAAAAAGACCUGUGGAUCAUCUACUCUUCUGAUAUAGAUAAAACCAUCAUGGUGGCACAUCUGGAUGAAAAAACCUUCUCCAUCACACAGCACAUCAACACUACGUACCCAAAGACCAAGGCAGGCAAUGCAUUUAUUGCUUGUGGAAUUCUUUACGUUACGGAUACCAAGGAUCUGAGGGUGACAUUUGCCUUUAAUCUCUUAAAGGGAAAGCAGGUUGAAACUAGUUUUGACUUGAGGUCAUCAACAUCAGUUUUGUCAAUGCUUUCAUAUAAUCCUAAAGAUCAACAUUUGUACACAUGGGAAGAUGGAUAUUUAUUGCUUUACCCUGUACAUUUUGCAUCCAGAGCAUAACUGUCUGUUUCACAUGACAAUUUCUGAAAUGCAAAACUGUUAUUUAUUUGAUGAGAAAGAUAAACCAUAUUAUAUGCUAUGCCUGGUAGAUUUGUAUGCAAUGUAAGGGACUUGAUUUUAAUAAAGAACUACUGACAAAAAUA